UCCCGGCCAGGGGAGGCGUGUGCUGCUUCUGCAGCCAGAGAGAGAGAGGGAGAGGGAUGGAUGUUGGAGGAGGAAUUUGGGCUUAACAAGUGAUCGCUGCUGUCUAGGAUUUUGUUUCUUUUGGGGGGGAACCUUGACUUCCUUUCCCCGUCGAGCCCUUCUGUGCUGAACUCCAGAGGAACCAGAAGUCUUGGAGGGUCUUCCCUGGGGCAACCCGUGUCCCCACCCCCGGGCUCCAGCACCAAAGACUCUGUGUCCCCUUAGCCAGGCAACAGAACUUGUUCCGUGGAUAUUCUGGAGCCUCCACCUGCCACACUGGAGUGAUUCCUUCUACCCCCAAGAUUUUUCUUCCCCUCCUCCAGCUGUUGCAGCUUGAGGGGGGAGAAAACAACCGGAAUUUUCUCUAUUUUGCAUCGCGCCUAGGAAUGGUGAAGUGGCUUCUUCUGCAUGAUUUUAGCUGAAGGAUGCUCCGCAUUUCCUUGAUUUCUAUGGAGACCUCAGAGCUGGGCUUGCCCCUGCUGACACCUCAUCUUGCACCCUCUCUACCUCCCAAGGUCUUUGCCUCUAACACUAGCUUGGCAUUGCCCCUGGGUCCAGGAAUCCUGUGAUGAGCUGAAGGGGAAAGCCUAGAGAAUCAUCCUAAUAGGCUGUGAGCAGCAGUGCCCCGACGAACUUCAAGUCACAUGUUAACAUGGGUCCAGUCGUCACAAGAAGGCAAGUGCUAAGACGUAAAGGCUUAUUUGCAUUUUAUUUAAAUCUGAUGGACUGAGCUUUGGACAAUUUCCAUGGCAGAAAAAUAUAUUCCAUUUUCUAGGCACAACUCCUGCCUGUUGGAUACUUGCUGCCUUUGAUUCUUGCAGCAGCGUCACCAACCACAUCCUAGACAUAUUUACAGACUUGAACAUCCACCCCAAAACAGGUGUUUGGGAGACCUCAUCAUUUUCUGACUUAGGUUUGAAAGUGCCAGGCUGUUUCUCUAGACCAGCCAAGCUCUGGAGAGCAACGUUGAAUCCCUAGGAAGAGAGAGCAUGGGGCGUGCUGAUUUAAAAACAGAAAAUGCAAAGUUGGACUGAAAAUAUCCUUAGUCUUCCAAGCAAUCUGCUUAAGGGUUCCAAACUUACCUUAAUUUGGUGAGAAAAGAAGCUGCCCUAUUUUUCUUUCUUCUUCUUCUUCUUCUCCAAGUGGAACCAGCCAUUUCCCCAAACCGCCACCAUGGAGGUUGCAAUGGUGAGUGCGGAGAGCUCAGGGUGCAACAGUCACAUGCCUUACGGUUAUGCAGCCCAGGCCCGGGCCCGGGAGCGGGAGAGGCUGGCUCACUCAAGGGCAGCGGCAGCUGCCGCUGUCGCGGCGGCCACAGCUGCGGUGGAAGGCAGUGGGGGGUCUGGAGGGGGCACCCACCAUCACCACCAAUCUCGGGGGGCCUGCACCUCCCAUGACCCUCAGAGCAGCCGGGGAAGUCGGAGGAGGAGGCGACAGCGGCCGGAGAAGAAGAAAGUCCACCACCGGCAGAGCAGCUUUCCCCACUGCACCGACCUGAUGCCCAGUGGCUCGGAGGAGAAGAUCCUGAGGGAUCUGAGUGAGGAGGAUGAGGACGAGGACGAGGACGAGGAGGAGGAAGAAGAAGGAAGGUUUUACUACAGCGAGGAUGACCACGGUGACGAGUGUUCCUACACGGACUUGUUGCCCCAGGAUGAUGGGGGCGGCGGCGGCGGCUAUAGCUCAGUCCGCUACAGCGACUGCUGUGAACGCGUGGUGAUCAACGUCUCGGGCCUGCGCUUUGAGACCCAGAUGAAAACCCUGGCCCAGUUUCCAGAGACUUUGCUGGGGGACCCUGAGAAGAGGACUCAGUAUUUUGAUCCUUUGCGAAAUGAGUACUUUUUUGACAGGAACAGGCCUAGCUUCGAUGCCAUCUUGUAUUAUUACCAGUCUGGAGGCCGCCUGAAGAGGCCAGUCAACGUCCCUUUUGAUAUCUUCACGGAGGAGGUGAAGUUCUACCAGCUGGGGGAGGAGGCCCUGCUCAAGUUUCGGGAGGAUGAGGGUUUUGUGAGGGAGGAGGAGGACAGGGCCUUGCCGGAGAAUGAAUUUAAAAAGCAGAUUUGGCUGCUUUUUGAGUACCCAGAGAGCUCCAGUCCAGCGAGGGGCAUAGCCAUCGUCUCCGUCCUGGUCAUUCUCAUCUCCAUUGUCAUCUUCUGCCUGGAAACCUUGCCAGAGUUUAGGGACGACAGGGAUCUCAUCAUGGCACUGAGCGCUGGUGGGCACAGUGGGUUGUUGAAUGACACGUCGGCCCCCCACCCUGAGACCUCAGGGCACACGAUCUUCAACGACCCCUUCUUCAUCGUGGAGACAGUUUGCAUUGUGUGGUUUUCCUUCGAGUUUGUGGUCCGCUGCUUUGCUUGUCCCAGCCAAGCACUUUUCUUCAAAAACAUCAUGAACAUCAUUGACAUCGUCUCCAUUUUGCCUUACUUCAUCACGCUGGGCACGGAUCUGGCCCAGCAGCAGCAGGGGGGUGGCAACGGGCAGCAGCAGCAGGCCAUGUCCUUUGCCAUCCUCAGGAUCAUCCGCCUGGUCCGAGUAUUCCGGAUCUUCAAACUCUCCAGGCACUCUAAAGGCCUGCAGAUCCUGGGCCACACCCUCAGAGCCAGCAUGCGGGAGCUGGGCCUUCUCAUCUUCUUCCUCUUCAUUGGGGUCAUCCUCUUUUCCAGCGCUGUGUAUUUCGCCGAGGCGGAUGAACCUACUACCCAUUUCCAAAGCAUCCCAGAUGCAUUUUGGUGGGCUGUGGUGACCAUGACAACUGUGGGCUAUGGGGACAUGAAGCCCAUCACUGUGGGGGGCAAGAUUGUAGGGUCUCUGUGUGCCAUUGCAGGUGUCUUAACCAUUGCUUUGCCAGUGCCAGUGAUUGUCUCUAACUUUAACUAUUUCUACCACAGAGAGACUGAAAAUGAGGAACAGACACAGCUGACACAGAAUGCAGUCAGUUGCCCAUACCUCCCUUCUAAUUUGCUGAAGAAAUUUCGGAGCUCUACUUCUUCUUCCCUGGGGGACAAGUCAGAGUAUCUAGAGAUGGAAGAAGGAGUUAAGGAGUCUCUCUGUGCAAAGGAGAAGUGUCAGGGAAAGGGGGAUGACAGUGAGACAGACAAAAACAACUGUUCUAAUGCGAAGGCUGUGGAGACUGAUGUGUGAAUCUCGUUCUCCACCCACCACUGCCCCCUUCCCCCAAUCCCAGCAUCUCCAAAUAUAUUUAUGCAUAGAGAGUGCAGUUACGAAAAUGAAAUAUGCAAAUGAAUCCAAUGCAUAUAGUAGUACGCCAUUUAAUGGUUAUACAUGGCAUAAUUGUUACUAAACUUGUAUUACAUAUCAAAUAAAUGAUACAUCUUGGAGAAGAGGGAGGCUUACAUAGGAGCAAAUCUAUCUUUAUAUUUUUUAUUAGAAUGCAAGAAUUUUGCACAUUAACUGGAAGAGGUGUUACAAGUAGAGAUAGUUUGGUGGAGAGAAUGUGUGUGUGUGUGUGUGUGUGUGUGUGUGUACACGUGUAAUUAAAUUGUCAACGUUGUUAGUAAUUGUGCAGUGAUGGGAAAAGUUGGCAUUUUGAAGUAUUUACUAUGUAAGAACUAAUGAAUUUAAGCAGUCACUUAUCAGUGCUUUAAUAGCAUCUCAUGUCUUUGGAUUCCAUAGCUGUUGUUUUUUAAAAAUUGUAAGAGUUACUAUGUAGAAAAAAAAAAGAAAGUGAAUUAUUUAAUAGAAUAUAGGUCACAAUUUUAUCUUGGAUUUAAUUAAAGUUUAUUUUUAACUGGAUAUUAACUUUUAAAAAGGCUGCAGGGGCCUUUAGAAAUUGAUUAUAUUUUAUUAUUAAUUUUGGGAAGAUGUGACAGCAAAUGCCUAACAAUAAUGGGAGAAAUUAAAUUGGAGAAAAUGUAUUAAGUUUUGUUCACAGAUAUCAGGACUGGAAUUUUCUUUUUCUUCUUUUUUUUCUCCUUUGCACUACUUUAUAUGCUGGAGAUUGAGAGAGACUUCUUACUGUGAAUGUUUACUAAUGUAACAGUUCAAUGACAAUCAUUGGAAGAAUGAUUUCUUAAUCUUAUUUUAUUGUUUUCUUUUUUCUUUGUGUGAGACGAAUGGCCACACAGAUAACAGCACAUGCUUCCCUUCUCUUUUUAAAUCUAAAUAACUGAUCUGCAAAGGGACUGUGAAGUCAAAUUUAGCAACUGAAUCUUUUGAAAUUGGUCUGUUACAAUGAUGCUUCUGAAACCAUACUAUUUUAAAUAUUCUUCUGCCUUUAAAUCCAGAAUAAUUUAACCAAAGUUAAUGCAUGCACUGAAAGAAUUUUUGAAGACGUAAGAUGCCCAGCAGCUACAGUGAUUAUGGCUUAAGAGCUUUCUAUUAAUGUGCAACAUAAAUGCUAGAUUUAUUAAAUUUAUUUGUUUGUGCAGCGAUAUAAGCACAGAA